AUGUCGAAUAACGAGCGGCAGAGGCUCGACCUUCUGCCCGCCGCCGGCAAUCGCGUCGUGAUCAGCCUCUCCCCGGCGUCGUCGAUCCCGCCGUCGCCUCGCAAGAUGGACGGCCGUGUCGAGUUGAGGCCCGAUCCGGCGCGUGCGUGCGGCGGCGUCGAGAAAGCCUCAAAGGCCCUCGCAGAGUGCUCCGCCGAGGACCUCGAGGCUCUCUCGCUGGCCCUCGCGCACGAGAAGCCGGUCCCCGCGUCCUCCACCGCCUUUGCCGACCUCGAGGCGCGCGCAGAGACGAAGGAGGGCACCGGGGAGGACAGCUACCGCAGCUGGUUUGCCCGCGAGAACAGCUGGCUGCAAGGCAAGCGGGGCCCGGCCUCCGACCCCCUCGUCGCCUGAGCGGGCGGCGGCAGCUGUACGCUCUUGCUGUGUGUGCUGUGUGUGCUGUGUGUGCUGUGUGUGCUGUGUGUACACCAAAUUGUGCGUGCGCGAGGCUGGGUGUGUGGUGAAUGUGAGCGGUGCGGAUGAUUGAUGUGCGCGGCUUUUCAAUUGUGAUAUGUGCGCGUCGGUGGCCCGUGGGUGAUACUG